AUGGAGACCUACCACGGCCACGUCCGCACGCCCAACGAUGCCAUCAUUCUGUUCGAGGCGUGCCGCAUUGGGAUAUUACCGCGGGUGCAGCGCCGCCUCUCAGAGAAGGAGCGCCAACAAAUCAAGUCCGGCUCAGUGUUUGUCUGGGAUGAGCGGGAAGCUGGCAUGAGGCGCUGGACUGACGGAAAGUCGUGGAGCGCCAGCCGAGUGUCCGGCAGCUUCCUCACGUAUCGCGAGAUGGAGGGCAAGCGAGGAGGCAGCGCACUACCAACACCACCCGUGGUCAAGCGCGCGAGUGGAAAGUCGCCCGAUGGCUCAGCAAAUGGCGACUCCGAGGGCGAGGGCCCUGAUGGCUACCGCUACAAGCCAGACGGCCUCAUGAAGCAGUCCUUCAGCAUCACCACAUCCAGCGGCCAGCACCUCCACCUGAUCAGCUACUACUCGCGCUCAAAUCCGAACAACCUCCCACAACCAACCAACGACGCGCAAUUACGACACAUCCGCCCGCCAAAGAACAUGUACCCCGAAUCUACAGUCAACGAGACGCAGACGGUCCCCGCCGUUACUCGUGGUCCCAUGCCGGGUUCGCCCUACAGCGCUGCUCCCCACAGCAUGGGGCCGACCUCACCGUAUGCGCGACCAGGACCUGUUGCACCAAUGUAUGCAGUCCCAGUAUAUCCCCCGACACCACCAAAUGGCACACCGCCCAUGCACGCCUACUACGCACAACACCCCUACUUCUAUGGCGGCAUCGUCUACGCACCAUCGCCCUACCACCCACAAGGCCCUCCUCAUGUCUUCGACCGACCCCCGCCGCAAAUGAGCAACCCGCAUGCGCCGCCGGGUCAUCCUAUGAUUGCGCACCACCCUGCUUACGCUGCACAUGCGGCGCAUGCGGCUCAGCAGCAGUACAUGGCAACGCCCCCAUCGCGCGCACCGUCCACCGCCGAGCAGGCACAGCACCACCCAGCUCAACCACCCCCACCGCCCUCCUCGACUGUGCCUGAGCAAGGACCCCAGCUUCCUGCUAUCAACGGAGCUGCGGCAUCAGCUGGCGCCACCAGCCUACCAACACCAGAGCCGUCAGAGAAGUCGCAGUCCACCAGCAGCGAGUCAACCGCCGCAGCAGCUUCGAGACCACUUCCAACGCUAGGCUCACUUCUCAACGGCGAUGGCCCAGAAAAGGAGAACCAGAGCACCAGCCGCUCUGGCAGCCGCAGCCCAAAUACGGCAUCACGAUUCCCGCGCGAUCUGGCGCCUGAGCGUCUCGCUAAGAACAGCACCGCAGCAGAUAGCAGCGCGCUGAACAAGCUCAACAGCGUCUUCGUCCGCUCCUAG